AAAAUUCAAUUUAUAAACUUUUUAAAGAAGAUUCUAAACAAUUUUAUAAAUAUGCUAUUAAUAAAUUUAAUUCAAGAUUUAAUGAAUAUGAUGAAUAUCUUUUAAUAUAUUUUAUUCAUCCACUUUAUAAAG